GUAAGACGAGGAGCUACUGAACUGAUCGCUCCCGGGGAAAGCACUGAUAUUUGAUCGUGAAGCAGUUUGUGGCGGUGAAAACGUUGUCAAAAUGAGUUCGCUUUCCAGUGAUUUUGUGACCAGUGACAAUCAGCUGGGUGCCUGGGGUACCUAUCCCUACGGAUACAGUGAAUUCACGAUGCCCGGCUCGGACUGGUUCACAUCGUUGGCGACCGAUCUGGAAGGCUCUCCGCUGCCGUACGAUCCCGAAAUGCAGCACAAAGAACCAUAUCAGGCCCACCAACUUGCGGGCGGCCUGCAUCGCAUAUCCCCGCUCGAUUCACCGGUCGAAGUGGCCGAGGCAGAUUCAACGCAGCAUUACGGUUAUCCGUUCUCGAUGCAUCAACAUCUGCACCAAGCAAAUCACCAAGGUGAUUUUUCUUAUCAGAAUCAAAAACAAGCACCGCCAUCGAAGUCGUCUGCAAACGCUGGCGCUCGCUUUGUGCCGCAUGGAUAUUAUAACUCGAGUGUGCGCACGAUGCCAUCCGCGGCCGCACCUACUCCGUCCCAGUCGAGCAUGUAUCCCUCACCGCCUGGACAGUUGCUGAAGCACGCCGAUGUCCCGUCGUUCAAUAAACCCUACGGUCUGCUCUACGUCAACGGGGACCAUGUUCCGCAGCCGAUGGCGUACAACGAAUGUCCAGUGCCGUGUGGAGCACAACCACCGAGUGAUCUCUACCAGCCGUACGCUGGCGUCCACACCACACCGACCUACGAAGGCAACCUUCCAUCGUUCCAGAGCGUCCUACCGACAGGGAUUGAUUCCGUGCUGCCAUCGGUGAAGUAUGACUGGGGCUCCUCUUCCGUUUCGCCGUUGUCUCCCGGAACGAACCCGGCCUCGCUCCACACCGAACCAUGCUUCACAGUGAAGGAGGAGUAUAUGGCCACGUACCACAGUCCGUCUCCAUCGUCGUUGGCCGGUGGAAGCAGUAUCAAGGCGGAACUGAUGUCCGAUACGUCCCAGACCCCGCCGCCACAGUUACCUGCUGGCGUGCCACCGAUGCAAACACCUUCACCGCAGCUUUUACCACCCCUGGAAUCGGUUUACGUGCCGGAGACCAAACUGAUCAAGCAGCAGAACAAGGCAACCAGUAUCGUCGGGCCAAUCGCGUCGGCGACGUUGAAAAAACAGGCCCGUAACAACUACGGGACGCUGUUCUCGUGUCCGGAGUGCGAUCGCACCUUCGCCCGCCAGUGUGGCCUCACGCAGCACAUGAAGUGGCAUCACUCGGGCGAGAAACCGUUCCGCUGCACCACCUGCGGCAAGUGCUUUUCCGGCGAGGAAGCUUUGACGCGGCACUUCGAACGACAUUCGGCCGUCGACAAGCCGCACCGGUGCCACGUGUGUCCGAAGGCAUUCUUCCACAAGAACGAUCUGCGGCGGCACGUGUACCAGCAUACUGGGGCGGCCCCGCACAACUGCAAGUACUGCGGGAAAGCGUUCGCUCGCAAGGACCAUUGCCAUAGCCAUGAGUAUUCGCACGAGCGGAAGGUCGAGCGGCAGGAAAAGAAAUCUAAAGCACGGGAGCGCUCGGAGAUGGACAAACUGAUAUCGAACGGUCUCAGUGUCGCCAGUUCACCCUCAUCGCAGUUAGGAUCGCCUAUGAACCAGUUGUCCAGCCCAUCGGAUCUGCAUGAACCGUAGGAACAACAACCUCAAGAUUCGGAUUCAAGGAGUACCACCUUUGUUCCACAAAACUACGAUGUGAUUAUGUGUGAAUUGCGCCAAGCGAGCAGCGUUUAAAUGGAGCGACCUUUCGAGUUAAUCUUAACCACUUAAUAAUUGUAUAAUUUAUGUAACAUAAACGUAUCUUUAAGCGAAUAAGCACAUUUGAUAAAGACAACGAGCUAGGCUACUCGGCUGUAGGAACAAAGACGU